AGGAAAAUAGGUUGUGCUUAUAAACCUUCAAUUUCGAUCAUCAUCUCCACAAAUCACAAUUUGCCCUUAACUUCUAAAUAAAGGUAAAUCCACCAUUGGCUCGGAGAUUGUUUUAUUGUUUAUUUUCAUUUUCCAAUAUAAAGGGAAAAUUGGAAAAUGGAAGAAUCAGAAACAAUGAUGAGGUUUGGAUUCUGAUCUGUUGCAAAAGUGGAGCUUCGGAUUCGUUUUGAUCCAUAACGGUUUUCCUUUGGAAAACCCCCAGUGCCGUGUCCAUUGUUGGACUUUGCAAGCACUUAUCAAAUUUAUCAUGGAUCCACAGUCAGAAGUACAUGUGAGUGAGAAUAGGGAGCUGGAUGGCUUAAGUGAAGUUCGUAAUGGGAAUGUUUCUGGAAGAAUAGAAGCUUUUAAUGGUCUUGCUGAAGGGUAUAACUUCUCUGGUGUCCUUAAAUCAAAGCGUGUACAUUAUGCAGAUAUCCCUGCUUUUAAGAUUUCGGAAUUGACGAAAUUGGGUAACUUAGAGAGCGCCUCUUCGCACUCUCUUUUCAGUACUGUGAAUAGGAUUUUGGAUGAAUGCAUUGAGAAAUCAAAUCAAGACAUUCCUCAGCGUGUUGCAUCUGUGCUGAAAUUAGUUGUGCAAGAAAUUGAGCAGCGGGUUACAAAACAAGCUGACAAUAUGAGGAAGCAAAGCAAUAUGUACAAGUCUCGUGAGGACAGGUAUCAUACAAAGAUUAGAGCGUUAGAAACCCUUGCUACUGGGACUACUGAAGAAAAUGAGGUUGUCAUGAACCAGCUUCAGCAGAUGAAGAUUCAGAAGACUAAAAUUGAGGAAAAAAAGAAGCUUGAGGAGCAGGAUUUAAUUAAACUGAGGAAAGAAAAGGACAUCUGUGAGAGUAAGAUUUUAUCGCUAAAUGAAGAACUCAAUUUAGCCAAAAAAUCCUAUGAAGAGAAUCUCUUUCAUUUGGAAGCCAAGGCUGAGGAAAGUAAAGAUAAGCUACAGAAAAAAAUACGGGAACUUGAGUCCCUUCUGACUGAUUCAAGAAAGAAAAUAAAAGAGCUUGAAGACUUUUCAGAAUCAAAGUUUUUACAAUGGAAAAGGAAAGAACGGGAAUACAAGCACUUCAUAGAUUCUCAAUUUGGGUCCCUACAGGAACUGAGGUUGGCAUCUGAGUCCAUCAAGCAAGACGUCUCAAAGAUCAACAAUACAUUUGCUGAAGAAUUUUAUCAUUUUGGUUUAAAUCUCCAAGGCUUGAUAGAUGCUGCUCAAAAUUAUCACAGCGUGCUUGAAGAAAAUCGAAAAUUGUAUAAUGAGGUUCAAGAUUUGAAAGGAAACAUAAGAGUUUAUUGUCGUGUAAGGCCAUUCCUCUCGGGACAAAAUGGAAGACAAACGACCAUACAGUAUAUCGGCGAUAAUGGAGAAUUGGUUGUUAUAAACCCCUCAAAAUCAGGAAAAGACAGUCACCGUCUAUUCAAAUUCAACAAGCUCUUUGGUCCUGCAGCCACGCAAGAGGACGUAUUUCGAGAUACUCAACCAUUAAUCAGGUCUGUCCUUGAUGGGUAUAAUGUUUGCAUAUUUGCGUAUGGUCAAACUGGCUCAGGGAAAACUUACACUAUGAGUGGACCCAAUGCAUCAUCAGUUGCAGAUUGGGGGGUCAACUAUAGAGCUCUGAAUGAUCUCUUCAAUAUCUCUCAGAAACGACAUAGCUCCAUUGCAUAUGAAAUUGGGGUCCAAAUGGUUGAAAUAUAUAAUGAACAAGUACGAGACUUACUCUGCUCUGACAGUUCUCAGAAGAGACUUGGGAUAUGGAAUACUUCCCAACCAAAUGGAUUAGCUGUGCCUGAUGCUAGCUUGCAUACUGUUAAAUCAACUGCUGAUGUAUUGGAGCUUAUGAAAGUUGGCUUAACAAAUCGAGCUGUGGGUGCUACUGCUUUGAAUGAAAGAAGCAGCCGGUCUCACAGUAUCCUCACUGUUCAUGUCCGUGGGACGGAAUUGGAGACCAAUGCCAUUUUGCGUGGUUGUCUGCAUUUGGUUGAUCUGGCUGGCAGUGAAAGGGUUGACCGCUCUGAAGCAACAGGUGACAGAUUGCGUGAAGCACAACACAUAAACAAAUCCCUAUCAGCUUUGGGAGAUGUGAUCUUUGCGCUGGCACAAAAAAACUCUCAUGUGCCAUACAGAAAUAGCAAAUUAACUCAAGUUCUUCAAAGCUCUUUAGGUGGCCAAGCAAAGACUCUUAUGUUUGUACAACUCAAUCCUGAUGUAGAGUCCUAUUCGGAGACUAUAAGUACCCUAAAAUUUGCUGAGAGGGUUUCUGGAGUUGAGUUGGGUGCUGCACAAAGUAAUAAGGAGGGUAGGGGUGUCAGAGAACUCAUGGAACAGGUUGCUUCUUUAAAGGAUGCUGUUGCUAAGAAGGAUGAAGAAAUAGAGCAGUUAAGGUUACACAAACCUAAUGCAAACGACGAAAGACAGGGUGUGAUUUCGCCAUGGUAUGGGUCUUCCUCUUCACGGCGACAAUCUCUAGGAGGGGUGCGGCCAAACCAAAGACUUUCCGGAAGGAAAAGCACUUCUGAGAAAGCUGCUUCUGAUUUGGAAAAUAGCUCUGAGUACAGUGACAAGCAUUCUGAGGCUGGUUCACAGCAAUCAAUGGAUGAAUUUAAGCAUCACAAAGAGUUCUUUCUACAGUCGAGACGUGCUGUUGUUGGUGGUGCUGAAAAUUUUUCGGAAGACAUUGGAUUAAAAUUUGAUUUAGCAGAUGGAGCUAAAAAUAUUAACGAUGAUGUAGAGCUUUUUGGUUUUGGAGAUGAAGAUUCUGAAGAGAGACUUAGUGAUAUAUCUGACGGAGUUCUUUCUAGGGAAACGGAAACCGACGGUUCAAUCAACAGUAUUAUAGAGUACACCCUUUUCCCUGAGACACCAAAGCCAACUGUAGAGAUCACUGAAAAACUCGACGUGCCAGUUCAACUUCCAAGACCACCAAUGAAGCGGGGUCAAUCAGGAACUUCCAGGUUGUCUCUGAGCAAAAGCUCCUCCAAAAUUCCAAUCCCUUCAGGUUCUAGAAAAUCCACAGCCAACAGUUCUUCUGCACUUAAACCUCCCAAAAGGUGGCAGUAAUUCGCAAGAUCGUCAAAAAGAAACAAAAGACAACUCUGCUCACACUUCCGGUUUCUAUAUCAGAACAGCUGUGCUACCUCAUGUUGGUUCAUAAGGUGGUAGAAUUGUUGUACAUGUAGAAACCUUGUUUUGUAUGAUAUUUAGCUUAGGUAGUAGUGAUAUCUUGAACUGGCAUCGGCAUUAGACAUCUUGUGGAUGUAAAUUGAAGACUGCAGAUGUUGCUCUGAAUGAUGCUGCUCUCUUAUGAAGCCAGAAAAAUGAAUUCAACCAGCAACAUCUCAGUUGCACAAGCUGGCGCUUUUUUUUUCUUCAACCAAAAAAAAGUUGAGAAAUUUCACAGGGUUAGCAACAAAGUGGUCAAUGCUUAUAGAUCUUAAAAUUCUGUAUCACUCUCCCACUUCUUGUACACAGAAGUUGAAAUACCAAUACCUCGCUCUUUUGUUUCGUAUGAGGAAUGUUUUCCUCUCUUC